AUGUACCAGAAUGGACAGCGAGAUGCGACACGGCCCUUCCAGGUGCCGCCUCCGCCCCCGCCCAUGUCGCCGCCGCCCUCGAUCGGAAUACCGAGCAUGAUGACGAUCCCUCCUCCUCCGCCUCGCUACCCCAGCGCCCCGGGCACCUCCGCAGCGGUUUUGCUCCCUCCACCUCCGGGGCCGCCUCCCAAUACCGCCUUUCCGUCGAGCGCCCUGCCGCCAGCGAGCGCCCUGGGCUCCGCGCCGUGGCACGGUGCCUGGGGCCGUGCAUAUGAUGGACGGACGACCUUCAAUAUCCCACCCCCUCCGCCGAGCAACAACGGGGCCACGGUGCUGCAGGCCUACAACCCGAAAUUGCACGCACAAGCCCUCGCGGCCGCCAAUGCUGCCACGUCGUCGGGCCCGACGCUGACGGUGCCCCCGCCGCCUCCUCCGAGUGAGCAGAUGAGCGCGACGUAUAUCCCGCAGGGGGACACCUUCGGCGAAGGUGUUGGGAUCCCUGGCCUGGGUUUGGCGGACGACAUCAGUCUUGGGUGGAGCGCCGGGGGUCAAAUGGAAUCGGCGGCAGCCACUCCACUGGAGGAGACGUCGGGCAGGGACAGACUCUAUGCUACCGCCAUGGCCCAGCGAGGGUCAUCCACCAUGAGCAAUGCCACGCACGCGUCGUCGGUUCCCGCCGAGAUAGCCGCCCAGUGGCCGUUGGACAGGGUGAUAGCCUGGCUUCAGGCCAAUAACUUCUCCAAGGAGUGGCAGGAGACGUUCAAGUUUUUGAAUCUCUAUGGGAUGCAAUUCCUCGAGCUUGGAGGCAGCCGCGGCGGUCGCGGUAACUUUGGCAUGAUGCAUCAGCAAGUAUAUCCCCGCCUGCUCAUAGAAUGCCGGAAUAGCGGGACGCCUUGGGAUCAGCCGAAAGAGAGAGAAGAAGGAAAACGGAUGCGGCGUCUGAUCCGUAGCAUUGUCACGGGAAAACCGGUCGAGACAUCUAAGACGUCGUCUACUGGACAUAGCCGCAAGGAGUCUGGCGUAGCUCCUGCUCCCGGUGCUGGAGCUGAUUCUGGUGAUUCUCCUAAUACCCCUAUCAAGGCCCCGGGUCCAGGUUUUGGUGGUCGGAGGUUUUCACAGUCACUGUCAACGUCGGUGCCAACGCUUAGCAGCAUGAUGAGCUCCGAGUCAAACCACAGGAGCGCCCUGAAAAACAUCGACAUUGACAGUGCCCGCCGCCACAGUCCAAGCGUUAGUGAGUCAGGUGAGGCAGUCACGUUCCGGGUGCCGACACCGCACGGUAAGGACAGUCUUAGCGGCAGCCCUAAUCCCCAGUCCGGCCUCUUUCCCUCUUCCACUGCGGGCAACGCGUCGGCCUCGCCUCACAGCGCCAGAUUCGGCCAUCACUCACGCAACAGCACCGACUCGGUCUCGUCGAAUGCAGCCAUUUACGGCUCUGGGGUUCCGCCUGAUGCAGCUGCAAUGCUGAAGAGCGGCUUGAAUAUCGCUGAAGCGGUCAAUGCGAUUGGGGGCAGUCGAAGGUACGCCCAGGAUGGUGGCCGGCCCUCGCCGCAAGAACCCGGGGACAGAAGCGCGGGAUCCGACCCUCCAGGAAGCGCAAAGGGCACGCCCUCGUUCCUCUCUUUCCUCAGCCGCAAGAAGAGAGCCGAUGGCCAGGAGUCCCCGACCAGUCCUGGACUGUCCUUUAAGCCGCACCCUCCGGGGGGAGCGCGCACUGCCAACGGGAGCGAGACCUCGCUGGACCGCCCGGGAUCCGGCCUCAUCAAUGACCACGGUUAUGCAGCCUUACUCCGCGCUAAGCGGACUAGCGGCCCACGCGUUUUCAUUCUUGCUACCGCUGACUGCUGGAAUUACCGCAUGCUCGAUGUCACAGACAUUGACACGUCAUCGGACCUGCGGCAGCUGAUUUGUAUCAAUCUUGGCCUGCCGGACGGCGACGGUGCACAGAUCUACCUGACUGAACUGGGCAAAUUUGAGCAUGAUGAGGAGCCGCUCGACGAUACGAAACUUAUGAUGACCAAGAAGCUCAAGGCGGACGCCGCCGGGACGCUAAAGUUGUUUGUACGACCGGGGGGAUCCCAGAGUUCCUCGUCCGGGCGGCUUACGGUGCCGAUGGACGAGGAGGCAUAUGCCAAACUCAACGGCACGCGGCGGCGGGCCAGUUCAUCGCCGCCCACAUCAAGACAGAAUACCAUGUCUGGAAACGAGCGAGAUGAAAGGGUGCUGACGGCGGAGGCGAUUGAGUAUAGGACGGAGCAGCUCAGAAAGCAGCAAGAGUAUCUUGCGAAACGGAGGCAGGCCAUUGGGGUCAAGGAGACCAGCCCGGCUACGGAGACUCCAUACGGUAUUGUCGGCAGGAACGUCGACUUUGACCAGCCGAGGCUCUCUCCUUACGAGGACAAGAAGACGGAUACACUGCUUCCGCAGCGCGAGGCCCCCGCUCCGCCGGGCAACCCGUCCCUCACACAGAUCAGGGCGGAUUCGCUGAGUAGGCGGAGGGGCCAUGCCCCGCGCGGAUCCCAGGGUAGCGUAGAGGGCGGUUAUCAAAGACGCACUUCAUCCGACUUGCGUGACGAGCUUACACUUGAGAAACAAAGGAGACGCCCGGGAGUGCCGAGUCCGGCAGGCGGCAUUCAUGAGCUCUUGGUGGGUAUGGGCGGGCGCAUGGGUGGUAUCGGUCACCCUGUGGCCGGCGGUCAGAGGGCGCUGUCGCCUAAUCGAGUCUCCUCCGUUCCCAUCACAACUAGCGAGGUUGGCGAAAAGGCCAAGGGCGCCAUGUCCACCGUCGACUUCGGGCAGCGGUCUCGCUCUGGCUCUGGCGGGGCGAGCCCAAGGCUGGGAGCUGUACCAGGCUCACCGGGGUCUACUACCUGGAGCUCCAAGAACGUGCCGUUCCUCGUUCCGGACUACUCGCCGAACGGGACUCCUAACCUGCCACGCGGCUCCAACGACGACGGGUUCGGCGGCGAUCGACUCCCGGGACGCUUGGAGGCUUCCACGGGCCCAGCAGCACGGGCUCCGUCUCCGGGGGCUAUCAGUCCCAGCUCCGGUCGGCGGCCGAGCCAGUCCUUUUCCAGCGCGGCAGCCAACAAGCGCAAGUCUCACGGGCCGGACACGGAUUUCCAGGACAACGAUGUCAGAUUCUCCCAGGCAUCCACCCUCCUCGCGAAGAAAGUCGCCGACGAGGAUUCUGACGACGACUCUGAUGAUGGGCUCUUUGCGAUCCCCAUCUCAGCGCGCAACUCGGGCAUCAAGGGCAAGAGUCCAGCGACGGCUGAGGACGGGGCAGUGGAUGGCAACGGCAAGCGCCCAAGCCUGCGCGUGAAUACUAAACGUUCCAAAAAGACGCUGUCGGUCGCCUUCACUUCGCCCCAGUCGAGCGUUGGGGCGAAGACUCCGGCCGACGACGAUGAUGACGAGACAAGCACGCGCUCGUCGCACCGGCGCACUCCCGGGACACCGGGAUCGGAAGGAUGGGAUUCGGAGGACCGGGACAGCAAGCUCGGCAGACGCAAAUCUUUUAUCGAAAAGGACGUCUGGGCGAACCGCCCCCCUACCGAUGCACUUAUCAACAACCUCGAGGAUUUCUUCCCCAACGUGGAUGUUGACCAGCCAGUACUCGAAGAAGGAGCUGACCAGGACAUCCCUUCGCCGAUCGCCGAAGAGAGCGGGGCCCAAGACACUGGACCACCGCCGGUGCCGCCGCUGCCGGCUUCACUGGCGCCGUCUAGCAGAAUAUCUACCCUCUACAACGAGAGCGACACGCUGGGAUCAGACGAGUCUACUCUCAAGGCGCUCGAGUCUCGGCCUGCGUCUAUGCAAACCUUGGCGAGCCGCAGUGUGCGGCGCUCUGGCGGCUUAGGUCGUAUGAAGUCAAUCAGAGAAGUUGCUCGGGGCGCACUCGAAGCGAACAAGCGCUACACACAGACAUCGGGCAACGUGGGCGCCCAGGCAGCGUCGGCAGGCGUCGACAGAACCACGACGCUGAUGCGCCGCAAGAGCACAAAGAUGUUCAACGCAAACAUUGUACAGAUCCGGCCCGAGCGCGGGUCGCUCAACAUGGCCAUGGGCCUGACAACGAUCCCGCAGGACAGCCUGCCUAGCCAGCGCAACCGCGACAGCAACAACAACAAUAACAACAACAAUGUCCCCAAGCGGCAGACGACAUUCCGCUGGUUCAAGGGCCAGCUGAUCGGCAAGGGCACGUUUGGGCGCGUGUACCUGGGCAUGAACGCCACGACAGGCGAGUUCCUGGCGGUCAAGGAGGUCGAGGUCAACCCCAAGGCGGCGCAGGGCGACAAGAAGAAGAUGCAGGAGCUGGUGGCGGCGCUCGACCAGGAGAUUGACACGAUGCAGCACCUCGACCACGUCAACAUUGUGCAGUACCUGGGGUGCGAGCGGAAGGAGACGAGCAUCUCCAUUUUCCUCGAAUACAUUUCCGGUGGCUCCAUCGGCUCGUGUCUGCGCAAGCAUGGCAAGUUUGAAGAACCCGUGGUGGCGUCGCUCACGCGGCAGACGCUUUCGGGGCUGGCCUACCUGCACCGCGAGGGCAUUUUGCACCGCGACCUGAAGGCGGACAAUAUCCUGCUGGAUCUGGACGGCACGGCAAAGAUUAGCGACUUUGGCAUCAGCAAGAAGACGGACAACAUCUAUGGCAACGACAAGACCAACUCGAUGCAAGGGUCUGUCUUUUGGAUGGCGCCCGAGGUGAUUCGCUCGCAGGGCGAAGGGUACAGUGCUAAAGUGGAUAUCUGGUCGCUGGGCUGUGUGGUGCUGGAAAUGUUUUGCGGCCGCCGGCCGUGGAGCAAAGAGGAGGCUGUUGGGGCGAUCUAUAAGAUUGCUAACGGAGAGACGCCGCCAAUUCCGGAUGAUAUUCGGGAGGAGAUUAGUCCGAUUGCGAUUGCUUUUAUGCUGGAUUGUUUCCAAGUGAGCCCGAGCGAGCGGCCGACCGCUGAUGUUUUACUCUCGCAGCAUCCGUUUUGCGAGCUGGAUCCUAACUAUAGCUUUUUGGAUACUGAAUUGUAUGCCAAAAUCAGGGGCACGUAUUGA